AGUCGAGAGACUCAACAGGAGUCUCCAGAGUUUGCUCAAGUCUCAGGUAUUCACUGUUAAUAACCGCACAAUCUAAAUUCAGUUUCAUCUUAAAAUGUGAUGUGAAAUUCACCAUGGAAAGUGAAACUUUUUUUAAAAUGAAUUCAAACUUGUUCUUAUAUUGGACUCUACUAUUAACCUGUAUAAUUUACUCACAUGGUUUACGGAUAACCAAAUUAGAGGUUCCCCAAUCUGUGCCUCUAGGAAAAUCAGUUACACUUCGGUGUCAUUAUGAUUUGGAAGGAGAUGAACUUUACUCUGUAAAAUGGUACAAAGAUUAUGUUGAAUUUUAUCGUUAUUUACCGUCCAACGGACCCAAAUCAGGGCAAAAGUUUGUCCUCAAAGGAGUUCAUGUAGAUUUAUCCCGAUCUUCAGCUAAACAUGCAUUUUUAGUGAAAACUGAAUUGACUUCAGAGGGUCACUAUGCAUGUGAAGUAUCAACAGAGGGUCCAUCAUUCAGCACUGUCAGAGCUGAAAGACAGAUGAAAGUUUACGUAUUACCGAAAGAAGGAUUAUCCAUUGAAGGAAGCGAACCUGUUUAUGGAAUGGAGAAUCACAUUAAUCUAACUUGUAUUGCUAACCCUUCCUAUCCGCCCCAGAGCUUAACUUGGCACAUCAAUGAACAAAAGGCCUUACCACACCAAUUGAUACAAUAUGAACCUGAAACUGAUUCACAAGAAUUAAAUGCAACUCGACUUGGCCUUUUUUUCAAAGCAACGGGCAACUAUUUUCUUCGUGGUGCACUCAAGUUGCGCUGCACAUCAACGAUAACUCUAGUCUAUCGAUAUGAAUCUUCGAUAACAUUAAGCGGAGGAACUCCUAAGAAUCGAACAUUCAAUGGACAUUACACUUGGAAUGAAGACCGUUUAUAUCAACGUGAACCUGAAAGUCCAAUCAUUGAAGGUGGCAAAACAAAGUACAAAGUAGGUUCAAUCAUGGAUCUUAACUGCACAACUACAUCAGAAUCGCAUCUUAAAUGGUUCAUUAAAAAUAAAUCGGCAAAUGAGAGUCAACUCGUCCGUUAUACUGAUCGAAGUGGAAAAUUGGUUAAACUUGGACUUCGAUUUGAGAUGGAAAAGCGUCAUUUUCAAAUGCAAGAAUUGAGAUUGAAAUGCAUUGCUCAGUACAACAUUCCAAUAGCCAACUUUUCGAAGUCACUAACCAUUAGAACAUAUGAACGUGAUGAUGGACUUAUAAUACAACCAAGCAUCGACAUUAUCAAUCAUUCAAUAUCAACAUUUAGAAAAGAUUCUAGCAGUUGGUUAACCAUAAUUGCGGUGCAUUUGUUAAUUUGGUUAUCAAGCUUUGGGGAGAUUCAUUAUAAAUCGUGAACCAGUCAAGACUUACAAGCUACAUUUGGCUUGGAAUCAUCACUGAAAUUUCAUUGGAUUUUUUUGCUUUUGGCUUGUUUCAAAAGUAAUUGUCAAAUGUUGAGAUAUUUUUCAAUCGACAGCGAAAGAAUCCUAAAAAUAACAUUGUUCAGAUUAGACUUGAAAAAGGGAAAAGUAUGAAGAAAAAGCAUUUUAAAGAUAUUUCCAAUAUUGAAACGAAUUCCAAAUAUAAUGCAAAAACAAAUAUUUUUGUAACAAUCGACAACUUCUCUGGAUUAAUUAAACAUCAUGUACUCAUUUA